CGUGCUCUCUCAAUCGUUGUCUCUUAUUUGUGAUUUAUUCUUUAUUUUCUCGCAAGUAUGGUAAACCGUUGCUGUGUUGUGGGGUGCCACAGCACCUCGCAUGACCGUAAUGGGAAAAAGAUUGCCAAUGGAUUAACUUUUCACCGCUUUCCUGCUUGGCGACAGGAUCACAGAAGCCAAGUUUCAGAGAUAAUAAAGGCUCGUCGGAUCGCUUGGAUAGCGGCUGUAAGAUGAACAGAUAUAACAUUCAACAAUAUUCCAAUGUUGAUGAGAGUGUGCUCCCUGCAUUUUCAUUCUGAUUGGGCACCAUCUCUACACCUGGGCCACACUGAGGUGAUGGCCACACAGAUUGCACGCUAUGAGAGAAAGGAAAGGAGAAAACGGUGAAGGACUGACAGUACACCUGAGAUGGAUGUGACGGUGAUGGAUGAACUUCUUUCACCAGGAGAGGCGCUAGCACCACUGGAGGAUGAUUUAGUAGAAGCAGAGGAUGGAGCUGACCAGAGACCAGCAGAGGAUGGAGCUGACCAGAGACCGCUGACAGAGUGUGACUUCUGUCAGCAUCGGCGCGCUGAAAUCGACCGCCUUUUGGAAGAGAACAGGGCCCUGAAAUGUGAGCUUGAAGAGAGGAAAAUGGAUGAACAAUUCCUGAAGGAUAACAACGUCAAAGUGAAGUACUACACUGGACUUCCAGACUUUGAAGUAGUAAUGGGUGUUCUGGCCUGUGUUGGACCGUACCUGACACAGACUAGUAGAGUACUGUCACCUUUUCAGAUGCUUUUCCUGACUUUCAUACGCCUUAGGCUGAAUUUGCCAACACAACACAUUGCCCACCUCUUUCAUGUAGACAGAAGAACUGUUUCCAGCACCUUCAGUAACAUCAUAGAUGGUUUGCAUAAACGUGUCAGCCCUUUGAUUAACUGGCCAGGGCAAGAUGCGUUGAAAGUCACUAUGCCCCAUCAGUUUGUGGAGGCCUUUGGGAAGCGUGUUGCUGUUAUUCUGGACUGUUUUGAAAUAUUCACACAAAGACCAUCAAAUCUUAAAGCUCAAGCUCAGUCGUACUCCUACUAACAACACAACACAACACAACACAACCAUGAAGUACCUCAUUGGUGUUACACCACAGGGCUCAAUUUCUUUCAUUUCCAAGGGGUGGGGGGGACGCGUCAGUGAUAAGCAUAUAACUGAUAACAGUGGGAUUCUGGAUAAACUCUUACCUGGUGAUUUGGUGUUGGCCGAUCGUGGCUUUGAUAUACAAGACAGUGUGGGACUUAUGUGUGCCGAUGUAAAGAUCCCUGCGUUCACAAAAGGAUGCUGUCCCCUGGAUGCAAGAGAUGUGUAGAGCACGAGGAAAAUUGCCCACCUCCGGAUUCAUGUGGAAAGGGUGAUUGGAACCAUCCGCAACAAGUACACAAUAUUGUCUGCUUAAGUACCAAUUCGCAUGGUGUUGCCAUGCAAGGAUCAGGACAUGACAUUCCUUGAUAAGAUUGUGUCUGUAUGUUGUGCUCUGACUAACAUGAGCCCUAGUGUUGUGUUGAGAAAUGAGUGAUGCUACCACCCUCACUGAAAUAAAUGUGAUUGAAA